GCCCCUUGGCUGACUUGCUCAUCAAUCAAACCAACAUUUUCCUCGUGUUUUUUUCUUUUUUUUACCGUGACAACUAUCUGGAAUUCUAGUGUUGUUCUUUCUGAUUGCGCCCGAUGUGUUUAAAUUUUUGAACUUUGUAGUUUCAGCUGCUUGUCUGAACGUAGGUUCCCUCUCUCGACGAACCGGUCAACAGCAGCUGACGGAACACUUUAGCCCGCAAGCCUCUGAGCCGACUGUUUCCCCUAGUCUCAACUGUUCUUUGUCUCUUCUCCAUUAACAAGUUAGCCACAGCCAUCAAUUCCCAGACGUGUUUGCUGACACUGGCUUACAAUUAGAUUUUAAUCGACUGACAAGACCUAACUACACCAAAAUAGGCAGCUUUGGAACCAAGAUGUCCAACCGAGUGGUGUGCAGAGAAGCAAGUCACGCCGGGAGCUGGUACUCUGCUUCGGGAGCCCAGCUGAAUGCACAACUAGAAGGCUGGUUGUCGCAAGCACAGUCUACAAUCAAACCCGCCAGAGCCAUCAUAGCUCCGCAUGCAGGGUAUACCUACUGUGGUGCUUGUGCCGCGCAUGCCUACAAGCAGGUUGACCCUUCUGUUACUCGUAGGGUGUUCAUCCUGGGACCCUCUCACCAUGUGCCCCUCUCCCGCUGUGCCCUAUCAACAGCAGAUGUCUACAGGACACCUUUGUAUGACCUGAGAAUCGACCAGAAGGUUUAUGCUGACCUCUGGAAAACAGGGUUGUUUGAGAGGAUGAGCAUGCAGACGGACGAAGACGAGCACAGUAUUGAAAUGCACUUGCCUUAUACUGCUAAAGCCAUGGAAAGCUACAAAGAUGACUUCAGCAUCGUGCCCGUGCUAGUGGGAGCUCUGAGCGAGUCCAAGGAACAAGAGUACGGGAAGCUGCUCAGCAAGUACCUGGCAGACCCUUCCAACCUUUUCGUUAUCUCAUCGGACUUCUGCCACUGGGGUCAGCGGUUCCGAUACACAUACUAUGAUCAAUCUCAAGGGGAAAUCUACAGGUCAAUUGAGCAUCUUGACAAAAUGGGGAUGGGCAUUAUAGAACAGUUGGAUCCCAUGCCGUUCACCAACUACCUGAAAAAGUACCGCAAUACCAUCUGUGGGCGUCACCCCAUUGGAGUGCUGCUAAAUGCUGUGGCAGAGCUGAGGAAGAGCGGUAUAGACAUGAACUUCAGUUUUCUGAACUACGCUCAGUCGAGCGAGUGCAGAAACUGGCAGGACAGCUCUGUGAGCUACGCUGCGGGGGCGCUCAUCGUUCAUUGAGGUCGAUGAUCGCAGGGGUCACUGCAUCAUCGCAGCCCUGCCGUUUAUUAUCUAUUGCCAUAACCAGACCUAUACACGCUUGCCCCCCUACCUUAACCCCCCCUCUCAGAAAAAAGCAAAGCCUUCUAUUUGCAGGAAGGACUCAGCCACGUCACCCUCCCAGCGCUCCUGUCUUUCUCCCCACUAUCCUCCCAGUUUGCUGUCAGUCUCAGAAUAUUAGGUGGAAUAUUUCAGUUUCAAAGCGACAUUCUGAGACGAUAGGUCAAUGGAAAAAUGUAGAGGUCAGAUAACGUUUAACAUGAUUAUGGUUUGAAUUAAGUGGCGAUCUUAUUUGGGCUCUUGUGAGGGCCACAGUCGUCCCCUGUCCCUCUGAACUCAAUGGAUUUUGAGUUGUGGUAAGCAAUCAUCGGACACUUGGUGGUUCAUGCUCAUGUAAUCUUCCUCAGAUAAAUAAUGAAAACAACAAAUCUGCAGGAUAUGGAAAUCAAAAAUAGUGAUAUAUUACAGGAAAGCUAAAGAAGUGUUUUUUCAGCUGUGUCAAACCAGUUUCACAUAGUACGUUGGCAUUUUGAACAACAGGGCUGCAUUUAGUUGCGUUCACUAACCCCCUGCUUUACAAAACCAAAAACAGAUAAAGCUCACAUUACUUAAACUUGUUUUAAUCUAUUUUAUUUUUAACAAAAUCGUAUUUAUCCCCUAUCUAGUUUUAGUAGUUGUGAUAUUUACUGAUUACUGUGUAGAUUUGGACACAAGCAGUGUUGUCGUAGAUGCUUUUUAGUCAUCAACAUAAUUUUCCCCAUUAAACCAGUGGUGCGACAAAGCGUUCCAUUUUAAAGCUACAAAUUCCGAUGAAGUGUGCAAAUUGCCAAUCGUGUUGUGAAAAAGAUGGUUGUUUACCCCCUGCCCAUUUACUGUAGGGACUUGUAGAACAUUACCAGCAUUUGUUUGAAUGUUUUGGUUCAAUUUCAAAUUUGGAAUCAUGAGACUGUUAACAUAUGACAACAGAAAGCAUUGGGAGUGUUUGAAUUUAAUCACGAGUGGCAUUAAAGCUUUUUACCUUAUAUGCACAAAGCCAUAAUGCUUGGCUGUAGUUGGAAUUUAGCAGUUACAUCUGCUAAAUGAAAUGUGCCCCAUAAUGAGGCGGUUAAGUGCAUACAGAAACAGAAUGCCAGCAGUUGGUUAAUUGUGACGGGAGCAUUGACUCAUGGCAAUAUAUUUCUGGCAGCACACGGUUUCCAUCAUCCUGCCGUUUUUGACACGGGGAUUCUCUUGAUGUUUCCACUUUUAAAAAAUGGUGAACAUAAACGAGUACAUUAACCCCACCCCACACACACACUUUUGAAGAGGAAGCUUUAGCCGCUUCUCAAUGAACACUAAAAGAAGUUUCUGGAUUUGAUGACAAUUAGGUGGGUAAAUUCUUGUGAACUGGGCAAUUUUCUAAUCUGAAAUUGUGAUGUGGUGUGUCCACAUUUCGAAAACAUAGUUGGGGAAAAAUAUUUCAACUAAAGUUGGAAGACACUCAAAGUAUUCCAAGAAUAGUUGAGCUGUAAUCAUCACUGUAGGUGGUGUUGUCCUCACCACCAUAUGAAAGUAAAGAAAAUACUUUUGUUUGAAACAAUGUGGCCACAGACUGCAAGUUGAGUCUGGUGUUGAUUUCAAACCAGUAAAGCAUGACACUGUGUUGUUGUGCCUUUUUAUCAACAUUGCACAAACACAUUUAUAGUGUAUUCUCACAAAUAGUCUUAUUUAGAAAGUGUAAUCGUUUUUUUGCUAUGUGCCCUGCCCUGCCCACCACACCACACCCCACCCUGGCCUUCUUUACCUGGUGCCCACAAAUGCCACCUUCAGUCCACGUGUGUGUGAACUCACCCUCCCCCCCCCCCCCCCCCCCCCCCAUCUGUUGGUCUCCAGUGCCACCAAUUGUUUCCCAUUUGAUUUCAUCAACAGGGAGUGGUGGUUGUCCCCCCGCCACCUCACCCAACUCCUGUACUAAGACAAAGCCUGAACCUUAACACUGUUCUUUUGCUUUCUAAUAUUUGUAUUUUAGAUGUUUUUUUUCCUGUGUAUUAUUUUUUUUCUUGUUAAGAACACGCUAACUUACAUCAUUUUCCGAAAAUAUACUACUCCCGAAACGGAGUUUUUUGAUCUCAGGUUCCACUGGCAAAGCAUCGCAAGAGAUUCUCCAGAUAAGGCAAAGGAUUUAUGUUACAAAGCAAGUAAAAUAUACUGAAAAGCAA